AUGGAACAGCGAAAAGAAAAACCACCCAAAGACGGUCCCGGACCAAGGGGUGUACCAGAGUGUUAUUAUACCUCACGAGUGCUCAAUUCCACGUUUCGGUACGUGAAAUUUGUGAAAAAGCUUCGAGCAGAAGAAGAGGACCAGCGGAAGGGAGCAGAGAACAAGCUCAAAGAACUCAAGGACAAACAGACCAGCGACUUCUUCAUACGAUGUGACAGAAGAUCACUCAUAAACAACGUCGCUCGUCGCGUCGAUCUGUGUAUGCAGUCUUAUGAGGACGAUCUACAGAAAAAGAGGCAAAGGUUAAUAGCGUUAUACGCGGCUGAAGAGGAGGCAAAUAUACGAAAAUUCGUUGAGCAAGCGCAAGCUGGUGCUGCAGCUGUGUGGGAGGACAAAAAAGAAAGACUUGCUUACCUCUUGGCGAAGAGGAAGAAAGAACACGUGGAGAAGUACAAGGAUACUCCGCUAUCAAAAUGUGUGCACGUCUUACCAUGUAUAUAUAAGCUGCGUGCGAAAGAGACGCAAGAGAUACAGCUAUACCAAAUAAAAGAGAAGGAAGCUAGACGAAUGGCGGAGAAGGAAUUUGACAAGAUGUGGCACGAAGUUGCUAUGAAGGAGUCAGAUGCAUUGGCAGCUCGUAUGGAACAAGACGUAAUAGAAAGAUUACGCCGCGACCAAGAGUGUAAGAACUUCACUGACUAUCAGCUGGAGCAAAGAAUGAUUCAACGCGAGAAAGAGAAGGAAAUGCUAAAAGAAGAGUCUAGAAGAUUCAGAGCGAUGUGGGAUGCGGAUAUUAAAAAGGAACAAGAAGCUGAAAACCAGCGGGCCGAACAACGCAAAGAAACCGCCAGAGAGAGAAAGAGGAUGAUUGAAGAGAGACAGGAGACUGUGGCCAAGCAAAACGCUGCAGCUAAACUGAUCGCGGACACUUGGGACUCUCUUACUGGUCAAGGAUUGGCAGAUGAGAAAGCGAAGUUAUUACUCAGAAGGCGUAAAGAGCAAGAAUUGGAUGAAUGCAACAAAAAGAUGAUGGAGCUGAAGCAGCAGUACGAAGACAUGGAGACGUUGAUUGAGGGUCCGCUAGCUGAGGAGGCGCAGAGAAGACAAGAGUAUAUUGAUACGAAGAGAUGCGAGUACUUGGCUUGGGCACAGAAGACUAAUAGAGAAGUACGUCAAGCCAUGGUGGAACAAAUAAAGGACCGCGAAAGAGCGAGAGAAGUUCUCAAACAGAAGCUCGACGAACAGGACGAGUACCACAGACAACUUUUCGAACAGCUAGAGAAACUCGUCGACCAUAAACAAUUCACAGACGCGCAGAGACGGAAACUGCACCAGAGACAAUUGUUGGAACAGAUUGAAUAUAAUAAACUUUUGAAGAAACGCGCACGCCAAGAGGAGUUGGAUCAAAUCAAGAAAUGUCAAAUAGCGACCGAGGAGUAUCAAAAGGAGAUAGAGAGGAUGCUCCGACGGCCGUUCUUCAGUGACGAAAUACAUCCGUUCACUAAGCAAAUCGCAAAAGGACUGAAGAUUCCUGAAAAAUGUCCCUGCUCCAAGCCUGAUUAUUGUAAAUAA